AUUACCAUUUCAGUUCUCCGACAGUAGGCUACGGGUGGAGACGUCAUUGGGUUUCCACUUUACAGCUGGCAUUUGCUAACAAAACUUAAAAUCUCACACAUGAAAAAAUCUCUUUCGUCAGUCAACAAACCAAAAAACCUUUAGGACGCUGCUAAAUUUUGAAGUGAAGCCAAAAGUAAAUCCCAAUAAAAAUCACAAUACCGUAAAAAUAAAGCCGGAAAAGAGGAAUUGACAGCGCGGGGGACUAUCAUGUCGUAUCAGAUCAAGUCCACGCCAUACUUCCGGCGCAUGUUCAACAACAGCAAGAAGAACGGACAGCUGCAGAGAUUGCGGGAGGAGUACGAGCGGAUCCAGGAGUUUAAUGACCGCACCAUCGAGCUAAAGAUGCGACAGGUGCGGCUGAAGCGUCUCUUCAGGGAGAUCGAGGAGAUCAAGGACGGUGGAGCUGGUGGAGGUAACAACAACAGCAACAACAAUGGAAACAACGCCGCUAAUAUAGGCGGAGGCGGAGCAGGCGGUGCUGCCAUAGCGCAGUCUGGGAGAGAUCAUUCCCGGGCCCGCUCCCGCGGCGGCUCCUGUUCCAGUGCCAGGGGGCGGGUCAUGCGGCGUCACCACCACAGAAUGAUGGCGGUCACAACGCCGGAGCAGAGACGUCACCACCAACGGGUGGAGGCCCUGACCCGAGCCCGGGAGCUGGGCAAGGAGAUAUCGCGCCGUAAUGCCGAGAUUGCAGAGACCGGAUGCGGCGGAUACCUGCGCAACGAACUGCGCGUCACCGCCAAGAUGCAGGCGGUGCAGGACGCCCGCCGGGAGGCAGUGGAGCGGAGGGAACGGGCGGCCAAACGGAUUAGCUACGGGAACGAUCAGUCCCGCCAGAAUCUGCUGCGCCAGCUCCAGGUGCGCCAGAAGCGCCUUAUGGGCGGUCACUCGCCCAUGCAUCUGGCCCAGCAGUCGUCGCACCCGGCACAGGUGGGACCCAGUCGGGCUCAUACCCACAUCCAUCAAGGCCAUGCACAGAGCAUUAGCCAUGCCCAGCUGACGGCCCCCCGUCCGAGUCGCCAGAAGCACAGUUCGUCUAGAUAUCUGAACCGCUACCCGGACUUCCGUCAGAUGACGGACAGCCAGCUGGACUUCCUGGCCAACCAGGCGAGGGAGGAGCAGCAGCAACGCGUCCGGCGCGACCACAACGGCACCUACAAUAAAGGCCCUAGCGAUGACGUCGCCGAUGAAGAGAUCAACACCGACGAACUGGAGCAGUUAGGGCUGGAGGAAGAGCGCAUACGCCGGCAGAUGAACUACUCGGAGGAGGAACGCUUCCAACAGGAUAGGGAAUACUCUGACGACGGGCUGCUUCAGAAACAGACCAGUGACGAGCCAACCGAGCUUGAUGGUGAGGAGGAGGAGAGUCAGGGGGAGGAACGCAAUGACGGUGGUCGUGAGGAAGUGAGCGGGGAGCAACCGCUCAACGGGAAGCGGGUACGUAAGACGGCCCUGGAGCAGGAGCUGCAGCUCCGACAACAGGUCCAGCAGGAGGACGAGGCCGAGGAGGCGGAGGAGCAGCGACGACGCAUGCACCUGCGCGAGGAGACCUCACCCCUGCGGAUGACCCGCUUCUCGCUCAGCUCCACCACCACCACGGCCACGGCCGCCACACCUGGAUGCAACCACGCACCACAACGCGACGACAAUCCCACCGAAGACUCUGACAACGACAUGGUCACAGUACCCUCCCAUUCCGCCACCAUAGCUGCACACCAGCCCAGCUGUUUUGUGCCGAGGAACGCAUCCUGGCCGGAGCAGGCCGAGAACAAUGAUGACGUAGAAGUCGACGACAAUGACGAUGACGACGAAGAUGAUGACGAAGACGAAGGGAAGGAGGAUGAGGAGCAGGAGCAGGAGCAGGUGGAUAAACAUCGUUUUCAGAUAGACGCUGGGGUGGAUCCCAUGCCUUCGAUCAACCACUGGCGGAGGAUCGCCCUAAUGCUGCCCUUCAUUAAUGCCAGUCACCACCUGAAGGCCAAGACCACAACCGAGUCCGCCGUCAUCGAGGAACUGGACGAGGAUGGUGCGCCCAAUAUGUCCUGCAUGUGCUCCUACCACAGUACUCCCACCAUGGAGAUUCACCAGCAUCAGUAUCAGCAACAGAGCCUGUUCCAGCUCCAGCAGGAGCAACCGCAACCGCAGCCGCACCAUCACCAUCACUACCACCAGCCCCAGCCCCAGCAUCAUAUCCAGCAGCACCAGCGCCAGACUACUGUUUACCGGUCGCCACACAGCGAGUACUUAAUGUCCACUUUCCAGUGCAUGGAUGCAGUGGAGCUCUAAAAGGGAGAUAUCCAACAGCAUCCCCAACCGCUUUCCUGGACCGCCGCAGUCAACUGCCCCAUCCCCGCCAGCAUGGGACUGGCAGCAGAUUUACAGAAAAUGUUCGAAUCAUGGGCAAAAAAAUUAAAUUUUUUUGUUUAUUAAAUUGGAAGUAUUGAAUAUGGA